AUGUUAACAUCUUUAGUUUCCUGUGUUGGGAAAACAAUCUGGCUGUGCCUCCAAACCUGGCCAAACCCCGUGUUUGGAGGAGAUGCCCUGGCUCUGGGGUGCCAGGGAAGGAAGCACGCAGCACUGUCCCAGGUGAAGUUCCACAAAGAUGGAGAACUCCUUUGUUUCUCUAAGGACAACCAGCCUCUGUCCAUGGAGACCACAAUGGUGAAAAGCAGUGACCCCAGAGAUGGGACACAAUUCCUAUCCCAGGAGUUAAUUUUGAAGGGACCCCUGACUCAGGGAUUGAGGGAGAUUUCUACCAUCUAUGCUGAGUUCAUCAAAGAUCCCAGCCCCUCUACCUACUACCAGCAAGGCCAGAAUGAGAGUGAGACAGGAGAGGUGGCUUAG